AUGGAAGUUUCUCUAAUAACCCAAAGUUAAAUAGCGUGAUGGGUCAUUUACUUCAUUCUUCAAUCCUUGUCCCAUACCAUGGAUGGAGAAUAAGUCACAGAACUCAUCAUCAGAACCAUGGACAUGUCGAAAAUGAUGAGUCUUGGCAUCCGUUAUCUGAGAAAGUUUACAAGACUUUGGAUAAGGCUACUCAGAUGUUGAGGUUCACCUUGCCAUUCCCUAUGCUUGCUUACCCUUUCUAUCUGUGGAGUCGAAGUCCCGGAAAGAGUGGCUCUCAUUUUGAUCCAAACAGCGACUUGUUUGUCCCAAAUCAAAAGAAAUUUGUAAUCCGAUACCAAUUGUGUUCCUCAUGAAAUCUUCUAAGUUCAAAAGUGAAACCAAGGUCUUGAAUCCGAAAAUGUUUGAGAAAGUUAAAAUUAAGUAAAUAAUGGGGCCUUACAGCCAUUGGAA